AUGGCGGGCGACUCGCCCCGGCUCGGGUCGAGCACACAGCGUGCGCCCAGAUCCUCGCUCGGCUCGGCGAGCUCAGCAAGACGAGUACUCCACCAUGAGGCCAACGUGGUCAAAGGUCGGCGAGGCGCAGUCCUCUCUCGCGGGCUGAUCCUCAAGACUGACUUCUACCCAUCCGGACGAGCGCUCGACCUCGACUUCCACUUGCAAGGAUGCCCAAACUUCCGCAUGAGCGAGUCGCUUGAUGUCUAUGGCACGGCCCAGCCAAGUUUGCACGGUCUCAAGACAUGCCUGUCCUUGCUCAACUCCGACCCGGACAAAGUAGCAGCAAGGACGACAACAUGGAUCUGUGCACGCGAGGAGCCCGUCAUCUACAUCGGCGGCCGACCGUUUGUCCUGCGAGACGUGCUAAGACCGCUACAAACACUGGCCUUAUCAGAUAGAGCAGAGAAUCUGGAGGAGAUAGAAGUGAGGCUCAAAGAGGAUCUGCUGAACGAAGCCAAGCGAUUCGGCGGACUUGUCAUGGUGCACGAGGAAGUGCAGGAUGGUCAGAUCCUAUCGACGUGGAUCCAAGCAGACUCGAGCACGAUCAUGUCCAUUCGAGAGAUGUUCGAGACGAUCGCAAAGAUAGGCUACCGCGUCGUCUACCACCGUAUACCCACGCCUUCCGAUCAGAACCAAGAAGACGGCUCAUUAGAUCGCUAUCUCGACGUCAUCAGAAAUGUGCCGUUAGGCUCGCCGCUUGUUCUCAACUGCGGCGCAGGCAUUGUACGAACGACUUUCGCCAUGAUAUGCUCGAUAGCGAUACGAAGGCGCUUGUCUAUGGCGCAGGGUGGCAAAGAUGUUUUUAAUUCCAGCAGAAGCGGUCCUAGACCAUCUACAGACGGCACGCAAUCGCCUGCACUGCCGCCCGUGCGCAAGCUACAGCAAGCUUCCGAUGAUCAGAUGAGGACAACCUCACUUCUACGUAUGAUGGACGUCAUGCAGAAGACGCUCUCCCCAAAAUCGCAGCAAGUCGUAUUGGAGCUCUGUCUGAGCACGCCGGCCUUGCUCGAGGGUCUCCGCAACGCCAUAUCGGGUAAUUUCGACAUGGUCACUGCCCUUGUAUCCUGUCUAUCAGACGGUUCGCACGUCAAGCGACUCGCAGACGCCAUCAUAGAUCACUGCGACGAUGUGGUCAAUUUACGCGAGUCAAUCUUGAGACAUCGCUUGCUCUUUGCCACCAUUGCCAUGGACCAAGACGAGAAGGAGCGGGAGAUCCGAAAGGCGCUCAACCACCUCGAACGAUACUUCUUCAUCGUCGCCUUUAUGGGUUUCUUGGAAGACGAAGCCUUUCUCUCUCGAUCCUUCUCAUCUUGGCUCAAUGAGCGCUCCGAAAUCACCAACAUGAUUGUACGCAUGCGCAGGCGAUCCCACUUCUUCUUUCAAUUCGCACCUGUGCACGACCUAUCGGCCAUCUCGAGAGGUUUAGCUGGCUCGGGAAGCCUCAGAACGUCGACGGAUCUGGCUCGUACCCGAUUCGACGAUGCUGCGCGCGAAGGCUCGACAGUCAUCGGCGACGAAUACGCGACCCAGAUUGUAUUGAAUCGCAAUGGCAUGACGCUUCGAUCGGGAAUGAUUCUCAAGGCAGACAUAUGGUACCGAGGCUCAGCCAUAGAGACCGAGUCUCAAUCUGUCGUGCGAGGUGCAGUCAAUUUUCGUAGGAUCGCAGACGCACAGCUGUACGCCCUAUCUCAACCUACAGAGGAAGGCCUCGACGGCGUUCUGGCCGUACUCAAGCGGGAAUCACCUGCGAGCGAAGGCAUCGAUCCGCCUGUCUUCUGGCUAAACCUUCGCGAAGAGCCAAUUCUGUACAUCAACGGGCAGCCGUACGUGCUCAGACAAGAAGCAGUCUCGCUACGCAACAUCAAGUCAUAUGCCGGCAUAUCUACCUCGCGCCUCGAGUCACUCGAGGACCGCCUGAAGGAGGAUGUCUUGGCCGAGCUCAAGGCAUUCGAUGGCCGUCUCUUGCUGCAUACCGAGCGCGAAGAUGGACUAGUCGUACCAAUUUGGGAACCGGUCGAGGCCCACCAUGUCAAGACUCUACAAGAAGUGAUGAGCCAAGGUCGCACAAAGGACGCGGCCGUGGCUUUGACAUAUCGGCGGAUACCCACCACGGCCGAGAAAGCGCCAGACUUCAACGAUGUCAAGCAGCUCGUGCAUGUCAUCGCACAAGCAUACACAAAGCAAGCAUCCCUUGUGGUCAAUUGCCAGCUUGGCAGAGGGAGAUCAACGCUCGCAUCUGUCAUGGUUGUCUUGGUGCAGACUUGGCUCAAGCACGGCACUCUGACUGCGGCGUCGUCAGAUGUUGUCAAGGCGUCAAUACGUCCACGAUUGUCAUGGCAGGUCAUUAAUAAUCUACUACGGGUCAUCAGACACGGCCAUGAAAUCAAAGCGGCCGUUGAUCAGGCGAUUCUGGAAUGUAGCGAUCAGAUCGACCUGAUAGGCGCCAUCGAGGACGCUAGACAGUCUGCACUGGCAACAGAAGAUGAAAAGGCUAAAGCAGAGUGGACUCAACGCGCGCUACACAAUCUUCGACGAUACUUCUUCUUGAUCCUCUUCAGCGCGUAUCUCAACGAAACACGUGCAGAGACGCUUCGCGAUCUGCAGGACGAGACCAGUUUUGGCGAUUUUGUCUCGUCUCGUCCCGUCUUCGCUACGAUCCAGAAGGAGAUUGACGAUCUGGGUGCCCAGGCACUCGUCCCCCUCGAGAAGGUCGACAGCAGUCAGAUUGCAGGCUCAGACGAAGUGACUCGCGUCGUCACUCGCCGAUCCGGCCGCAUCCUAUCCGCCCAAACGAUCCUCAAAUCCGACUUCUUCAGCAACCUGCAGAAACUCUCUCUGCCUGAGCGGGUCGACGGCGUGCCCAAUUUUCGACGCAUACCGCUAUUUCUACGGGGCGAGAGGAGCGACAUUCACCAGCAGCCGGCGCAGUGGAUCUUUGGAACAGGCAUGCCGAGCGUGCAAGGGAUGCGUAGCGCCCUGGACAAGAUGGAAGCGAGUCCUGACCACGAACGCGUUGCUGUCUGGACGUCCAUGCGCGAAGAGCCUGUCAUCUACAUCGCUGGUCGGCCACAUGUUCUCCGACUCCUUGAUGCGCCAUUGGAGAAUGUCGUGACCACAGGCGUGACUGCAUCAACAGUGGAAGCUAUGGAGCAAGCGCUAAAGAACGACAUCAUUGCCGAAAUCGAACAGAAUGCGGGUCGGUUGCUCUUGCACGACGAGAAGCCAGAUGACUCUGGCUCGUUCGAUCUCACCGCUGUCUGGGAGCAGGUCACCAAAGCCGACAUUCUCACACCGCGCGAAGUCUUUGAGAGUCUCAAAUCCACGGGCUAUCCCGUCGACUACGAACGAUUACCGGUGACUGACGAGCAAGCUCCUAUUCCAGGCGUCUUUGCCCGGCUCGAAGCGCGAGUCCGAGCAGCUAUCACCAAUCCUGAGCUCGCUCUGGUCUUCAAUUGUCAGAUGGGUCGCGGGCGCACAACGACGGCUAUGGUAGCUGCCAGUCUCGUUGCCAACAUCAUCUUCUCGCCUGAUCAGAGCACGAUCACCGAAGCAGAAGGGUCAGAGGUGGACGGCGCUUCGUUGCUGGGGGAAUCCUGGCAGGAUGAUCGCGAGGAGCUGACCUACCUGUCUGGCGAUUACAAAGUCAUCUUGCGCUUGGUCAGCGUGCUCCAAUACGGUCAAGCAGCUAAACAGAUGACAGACCGCUCGAUCGAUGCUAUGGCUGGUGUGCAAAACUUACGAAAAGCGAUCUAUGACUACAAGAUCCGUUCCGAGUCAGCCGGCCACCCGGCAAAGGCCAAGAAGAUCGCUAAGAUGGGCCAGAAUUAUGUCUAUCGGUACGGCAGUCUGAUCGCAUUCGCUUCGUAUCUCUAUGAGAAAUCCGCUGGAGCCCCGAAACAGCAGACGUUCCCACAAUGGCUGAGCGAGCGAAGAGAGAUCUCUGCUCUGCUAGCUGCAUCGACACUCGACUGA